AUGUCUACAAACUCCUAUGAACACUUGGAAUUCUUAUGUGAUGUGAAGCGUUCGAAGAAGUGCAAAAAAGUACCAAAAACAGCAGCCGCUUGUCUCGAAAUUGUACAGAAAAAUCUCGAAGUCGGUGAAGUACUUGCUGUUGAUGUGUCCAACAUUGUUGCAUUAUCAGCAUUAGUUAAUGUGCAAAUCAAAUAUAAUGGUCCCAUGAGAAGGGUGGUAUUCGGGUUCAUUAACCGUGUUUCUGACAAUCUAGUGACUGCUGUCCUAACUGGACCUGAUAUCGUCUUCAUCCAAAGUAUGCCGUUCCAUCGCCUUUCUCAACGCGUUGCUAGGGCUGUUACAUCUCCAAACAUGAGAGAGAAUCCGAAAUUCUUCCUUCAAAUAGCAAUCUUCUUCUUUGUAGCUUAUGUUAUCGUCUUGUCAUCACUAAUCUUGACCGAUCUAUGA